AAGGGCUGGGGCGAAGCAGCCAUUAGGAAAGUGCUGAUGCAGAGGUUCCCUCGUGUCUACGGGCAGAGUUGGAGGAGUUGCUGUUCGCGGACAAAGGCAGCAGGAGGGAGUGGAGCUUUGUAGAAGCCGGAGCCUGUCUCACUGGGUGUCUGUGUUUCAUUCCCUGUCAAAAGCCUGGGAGCUGGGGGGAAAAAAGCAGGGAAGCGGAGAGCUGCAGCGCUCGCUCAGGAUCAGAUAGCAAGAAAACCAAUAGCGGCGAGAAAAAAAAAAAAAAAAAAAGAAAACCAACCCACAUCAACCAACCAACCCACCCACCCUCCACGCUGAGGCUGGAACAGGCAGGUCCCUGCCAACUCCACAGCACGCAGCAAGCAGGGAAGAAGGGAAGAAGUCCACCCUCCCCGGGCAGGAGCGGAGUUGAGCCCGAAGGAUAUUUGAUGACACUUUGGCAACGAUGGGUCCCCCAGCAUCUUCCAGAGCCCAUUUGAGGGUGAAGGCUCUGAAAGCGCAGAGGGAGUUUGAAGCUAAAUUCACCUGAGUCUGGAUCUCUUGGUCGCUGGGAUUUAUCUAUUUUUCUUUUUUUUUCUCCACGGGGAAAGCAAACCAAGAAAAAAGUGUGGUUUUAUUUGUUUGGUUUUUUUUUUUUUUUUAAUCUCCCUCUUUUUUUUUUUAAUUUUUUUUUUCUUUUGGAAGAAGAUAUAUUUUUUUUCCCUGUGGUUGGAAUGGAGGGGUUGGGUCUGUGCCUAAGAAGCAGCAGCCGAACGUCGGUCCUGGGAGAAACCCGAGUGGAUGUGGGGUCCCCUGCCAGCUAACUCUCCAGGAGCUGCAGCCCCACGGCCGGAGGGGCUGGAUGCAGUGAGAGAGCCUCUCACAGGAUCCGUGUGGUGACGUGGCAGCCAAGACGUGGAAAUUUGGGACUUCUCUUCCACCGCAGCAGAAUUUGGGGGGUGGGCAGGGGUGGGUCAGGGGGACAUUGGGAGUCGCAAGACCCUUCACCUUCACUGUGGGCUUGGCUCAGGGAUGACUACAGGCAGAGUCAACCCUUACAGCAUCGUGUCCUCCGAGGAAGACGGGCUGAGGUUGACCACCAUGCCAGGUAUCAACGGCUUUGGCAAUGGGAAAAUCCACACCAGGAGGAAAUGCAGGAACAGGUUUGUAAAGAAGAAUGGUCAGUGCAACGUGGAGUUCACCAACAUGGACGACAAGCCACAGAGGUACAUUGCAGACAUGUUCACCACGUGCGUUGACAUCCGCUGGAGGUAUAUGCUCUUGCUCUUUUCCCUGGCAUUUCUGGUGUCCUGGUUAUUGUUUGGGCUGAUUUUCUGGCUAAUUGCACUCAUUCAUGGAGACCUAGAAAACCCGGGUGGAGACGAUACUUUCAAGCCUUGCGUUCUGCAGGUCAAUGGCUUUGUGGCUGCUUUUCUGUUCUCCAUUGAGACCCAAACGACGAUUGGGUAUGGCUUCCGCUGCGUGACCGAGGAGUGUCCGCUCGCCGUCUUCAUGGUGGUGGUUCAGUCCAUCGUGGGCUGUAUAAUCGACUCUUUCAUGAUUGGUGCAAUAAUGGCAAAAAUGGCCAGGCCCAAAAAACGGGCCCAGACAUUACUUUUCAGCCAUAAUGCAGUAGUGGCGAUGAGAGAUGGAAAACUCUGCCUGAUGUGGAGAGUUGGGAACCUACGGAAAAGCCACAUAGUAGAAGCCCACGUACGAGCUCAGCUAAUUAAGCCCAGGAUCACAGAGGAAGGGGAGUACAUCCCACUCGACCAAAUAGACAUUGACGUGGGGUUUGAUAAAGGCUUGGACCGUAUUUUCUUGGUGUCUCCCAUCACCAUUCUCCACGAAAUCAACGAAGACAGCCCCUUGUUCGGGAUAAGCCGCCAGGACUUGGAGACAGAUGACUUUGAGAUCGUCGUCAUCCUGGAGGGCAUGGUAGAGGCCACAGCCAUGACGACGCAAGCUCGGAGCUCCUACCUGGCCAGUGAAAUCCUGUGGGGCCACCGCUUCGAGCCCGUCUUGUUCGAGGAGAAAAACCAGUACAAAGUAGACUAUUCCCACUUCCACAAAACCUACGAGGUGCCGUCCACCCCCCGUUGCAGCGCCAAGGACUUGGUAGAGAACAAAUUCCUGCUGCCCAGCACCAACUCCUUCUGCUAUGAGAACGAGCUGGCCUUCAUGAGCCGCGACGAGGAAGAGGAAGAUGAUGACAGCCGGGGUCUGGAGGACCUCAGCCCGGACAACAGGCAUGAGUUUGACAGGCUUCAAGCCACAAUAGCGUUGGAUCAGCGGUCGUACAGGAGGGAGUCGGAAAUAUGACUCUUGGUCCUUCUGUUGACUUUUCCAAGGGUAUUUUUUUUCCUCCUCUAAUCUCUUCCCCUACAACCCGCUCAAAUUAUGCAGAACAAUGCAAGUGCCAUAGGAAUGCUUGAGAAAUUAGUAUCGUUCAUAGUUUUCAGUUUCAUCGCAAUAACCACUGAGCGGUCUGCAGGAGGGGACGGUGGCAGGCCACGGCGCGUCCCCUGUGCCUGGCGCCCAUGGCAGGGCCCACGGCUCUGGGGGAUGGAUGGACGGAUGGAUGGAUGGAUGGACAGAAGGAAGGAUGAGAAGAGGAGGGUCCGUGGGGUGCAGGCAGGCGCUCACCCCGCGCGGCCCCGUGGGGCUUUUCUCUCCCCACGGGGAAAACGCCAGUGUUUUCCUGGAGCCGAGCACUGCGAGAUCCAAAAAGAGGAAAUAUCAGGAAACAAAUCUUACUCUCUCUCUCUCUUUCUUUUUUUUUUCCUUUUAUUUUUUUAACUGAGCAGCAACAACAAAACAAUUGCUCCUUCGGCAGGCAGUCUGGUUCAGCUGCACAAGAACAACACUUGAAAUAACAUGCAACAUUAACGUACUUCUUUUUAAUUUGGGAAAAAAAAGGGGAGGGAGGUGAGAGGGUUUUUAAUUUUUUCACCGCACCGUUUGGGAGACUGUUUACUAAAAUAAUAAUAAUAAUUAUUAUUAUAACAAUAAUAAUAAUAAUAUUAAAUCUGAAAGAAGUCAUUCAGUAUUUUUUAAAAAUGAACAAGGGAAUGAAGAAGCCACUGGGUCCUUUGAGGGGGUGACUUGUUGGGUAGAUGCAAGAGCUAAAAGUUAAGAUUGCCUCCAAUUUUGGGGUGGUUUUUUACCACUGGCAUGGCUUCAUAGGCAGAAAACAGAUGUAAGUGACUGGAGGUCAGUGGCAGUGAAAGAAAGUAGUGGAAUCAUUGGCGAAGGAGGUAAUAAGGAUAAGCAGGACUGUGACAGAAAAAAGCACUGUAAGCAUGGUAAUUAGCCAAUUUCUGGAAAUGUUGGGUUUCUGGGUGGAAAUGGGGUCUGGAGCAUCAGCUGCUGAAGUGUUGGGUUUCCCCCAACAUCUCUGAUGGGGAAUUCCUAAGGUUCACCAUAACUGGGACAAAACAGUGAAAAGCACAAAAAUGAGAGUGGAGAGCUGUCAAAAUUGGGUGUUUCCCCACUUUUCCAACCAAUUUGGUAUUUUUCUUCCUUGAAGAAUAUUUUCAAACGUGGAAAUCAAUGUGAAAGUCAUCUUGUUGGGCUGCACUUCUUCUAGUACUGGAGCUGUGUCCGUGCCAGGCUGGGCUUUAUGAAUUCCCAACUCACCAGAGAGUCCUGCUUCAGAGACAGAUGUUUUCCCCAAAACAACAGAUGCCAGUUGAGAAAAUCACCCCAUCUUGUGCUUCAGCCAGCCCAUCCCUGUGUCCCAGCCUCAAGGUGGAUUGUGCCUUAGAGAUGCGAACUCAUCCCGUGUCCCAGCCCUUCUCCACAGCCCCGACCUGCAUCCCCCCCUCUGGGUGAUGCCCCUUUUGCUCUGCAGCACCCACAUCCCAUCAUCCACUGCCUUUCAGGCUGGCCUUGGUGACAACCUGGUUUAGCUUUAGCUCCGGCACAAGGCAAAGCCCCCCAUGCGUGGGAAGCCUCUGCUCCUGCCCUGCUCCCCACAGAGGGAAGGAGUCAGGAAGGUGCAGGUUUGUGGGUCUCUUCAUCUGGUCGUGCUGCUCGUUGGUGCUCUGGGAGCCAAAAUCUGGCUCCCUGCUCCCUGUGGCCAUGGGAAAGGCCUUGUAUCCAUGGGCAUCCCACAUCUGACCCUGGGCAUGGAGCCCUUGGGGAGAGGGGCUCAACAGCGGGGUCCUCCACAGCAUUUCUGCUGUGAUGGGCUCCCGGUGCUUUUUCCCCCCACAGCUCACACCAGGGAAGCCGUGUUCUGGGGUCAGGACUUGCUGUGUCAUGUCCAAACAUAGAUGGCAGAAGCAGGAUUUGUCCUGUGUCCCCAUCCCCAUCUUCUUCUUGCCAAGGGCUCUGGGGAGCAGCUGCCCCGAGCAUCCCACUGCCCCAUGCCACGGAGCACUGUGUUGGGGACUGGGACAUCAUCCCUGCAGAGUUUCUUCCCACCAGUGUCUGUCACCAUGACCCCACACUGCCCACCAAGGGGCUGCUCUGUUUUUGGCUUCCAACAAAAACCACUUGGAGAAAACCUUCUCCAGGGGCAGCACUGGGAGGCAGAUUUUCAGCACUGAGUGCCCCAAAUGCGUUGUCCCCGAAAGUGGGGACAUGUAGGGACGUGCCAUUGAGCUCCAGCCAUGACAUUUAUGUUUCUAAGGCAGCAAAGGCGGAUGCCAUCCCAUCACCAAUCCCUUUGCUCCUGGGGGGAUGCUUUUACCCCCUGCUUUUUGCACCACAGCAUCUGGGGGGUGGGAAGGAUGGAGGGGGGGCAGAGAGAUUUUAUGUGAGCACUACUUAUUUAUUUUUUUAAAACAAAUGCUUUUAAGUGGUUUUAGGUUCUUUUGAAUAAAUAAUAAUUAUUAAAAAAAAUAAAAGGUGCACAUCUUGCUGCUGUAGAGUCCUCAGAGGGUUAACUUCUUUAUAAAUAUAUAUAUAUAUAUAUCACAGUAAAUAUUUGUAUAAAAACUAAAGAGAAAUAGAGAUGUCUUUAAGUAAAUUAUUGCUUUUAAAGAAACUUCUAUGAUUGUACAGUGUUACCUGGGAGAAUAGAAUAAUAUAUACAGAUGUAUUUUUAAACUGCUGUGUAGGAGGAUGUGAACUGGGACAGGGAGCGCCAGUGGCUGGCACGGUGAGGGGAUUUCAGACCUUUCCUGGCCCCUGUUGACACACCUCUGCCCCAAACCCUGCUAGUGAGGGUCUAGCUCUGGUGAGAUGUCCUAUAUCUACUGUAUAGUCCUAGUCCUGAUGCUGGACCAUGCCGGUACAUAGUGUAUAAAUAUGAUUUUUGCCUCCCUGUGAGUGCUCGGAGCUACUGGUCUUUUUUCCUACCACCAGGGAGCAUCGGGAAGGCUGCCCAGCCAUAGCUUAAAUCCCAUCAACUGUCAAAGAAAGGAGUAAAAAAGAAAAAAAAAAAAAAAAGGGUGGA